ACGUGGUCCCGCCGAUGCCUACGUGGCCUCCAGCGGACGCCCCACGUGUCCCUCGCCGCGCCUCGUCCACCCGCCCCGGCCCUGAGGACCCUAGUCCAACAUGGCGGCGCCCAGCGGAGGGCGGAACGGCGUCUGCGCGGGGUUGUGGGCCGCGCUGCUCCUAGGGGCGGUGGCGCUGAGGCCAGUGGAGGCGGUGUCCGAGCCCACGACGGUAGCGUUUGACGUGCGGCCUGGCGGCGUCGUGCACUCCUUCUCCCAGAACGUGGGCCCGGGGGACAAAUAUACGUGUAUGUUCACUUAUGCCUCUCAAGGAGGGACCAAUGAGCAAUGGCAGAUGAGCCUGGGGACCAGCGAAGACAACCAGCACUUCACCUGCACCAUCUGGAGGCCCCAGGGGAAGUCCUACCUGUUCUUCACAGAGUUCAAGGCGGAGGUGCGGGGCGCUCAGAUCGAGUACGCCAUGGCCUAUUCUAAAGCAGCAUUUGAAAGGGAAAGCGACGUCCCCCUGAAAAAUGAGGAAUUUGAAGUGACCAAAACAUCAGUGGCUCACAGGCCCGGGGCAUUCAAGGCUGAGCUGUCCAAGCUGGUGAUCGUGGCCAAGGCAUCGCACACUGAGCUGUGACCAGCAGCCCUGCUGUGGGUGGCGCUUUCUCAUCUCCACUGAAGCUGAAGGGGCCUGGGCACUGAAAGGGCCGGCACAUCACUGGUUUUCUAGGAAGGAUUCUAAGUUUUCUGCCUGGGCUGACGUUGUCUUGUCCAGAGGGGCAUGAAGGGCAGCUGAGGCCCUGGGGCAGAGAACAGCGAGCCCAGGGCCCUGCUGGGUCCCGACAGCUUCCCCGUCCCCACUUCUUGCUGAGCUCUUCUGGACUCAGGAUCAGGGGAACAAAGAGGGUGGGAACACAAGGGUCAAGCUGGGGCAAGCAGCCAUGCUCCCCCACCCCCAGCCCGUGCCCUUCACGGCCAGCAGGGCUGCCUUCCUGUGUUUGCCCGGGGGACCUCCUUUCAGAUGAACUGGGGGGAGAGAUGUUUUUUCAUAUUUCAAUAAAUAAGACCGUUAAAAAGCA